AUGGCGUUAAAUCGGAACCUCACGAGAUUCGAGACUGUUUGGUUCGAUUACUCCGCCACAAAAUCCGAUUACUAUCUCUACUGUCACAACAUUCUCUUCCCAAUCGUCGUUUAUACCUUCGUUCCUCUUCCUUUCGUCUUCAUCGAAUUCGCUUCGGGUUUUUUCGAUCGGUAUAAGAUCCAACCCAAGGUGAAGAACUCGUUCUCCGAUAUGUUUCGGUGUUACAGAGACGUCAUGAAGAUGUUCAUCUUCGUCGUUGGUCCAUUACAACUCGUCUCUUAUCCUUCGAUUCAGAUGAUAGAGAUUCGAAGUGGAUUGCCAUUACCAUCUUGUUCUGAGAUUGUAGCACAAUUAGUGGUUUACUUGUUGGUAGAGGAUUAUACAAACUACUGGAUCCAUAGAUUCUUCCAUUGCAAAUGGGGUUAUGAAAAGAUUCAUCAUGUCCAUCAUGAGUACACAGCUCCUAUUGGAUAUGCUGCUCCGUAUGCGCAUUGGGCUGAGGUAUUGGUUCUCGGGAUACCUACGUUUCUAGGACCUGCGAUUGCUCCUGGACACAUGAUUACCUUUUGGUUGUGGAUAGCUUUACGCCAAAUUGAGGCGAUCGAAACUCAUAGCGGAUAUGAUUUCCCAUGGAGUCUGACAAAGUACAUUCUAUUCUAUGGUGGAGCUGAGUAUCAUGAUUAUCAUCACUACGUUGGUGGACAAAGCCAGAGCAACUUUGCUUCGGUUUUCACUUACUGCGAUUACAUCUAUGGAACUGACAAAGGUUAUCGAUUCCAAAAGAAGCUUCUUCAGCAGCUUCAACCGAAAGUGAAGUAUUCGGUAGCUGAUAUGUUUCGCUGUUAUAGAGAUGUCAUGAAGUUGUUCUUUGUCGUUGUUGGCACAUUGCAACUCGUUUCUUAUCCUUCAACUCAGAUGGCUGGAAUUCAAAGUGGGUUGCCAUUACCAUCGUUCAUGGAGAUAGUAGCACAAUUAGUGGUUUACUUCUUGAUAGAAGACUACACAAACUACUGGAUCCAUAGAUGGUUGCAUUGCAAAUGGGUUUAUGAAAAUAUUCAUCGAAUCCAUCACGAAUACACAUCUCCGAUCGGAUAUGCAUCCCCGUAUGCACAUUGGGCCGAAAUCUUGAUUCUCGGGAUCCCGACGUUUCUUGGACCAGCCAUUAUUCCUGGCCACAUCCUCACCUUUUGGUUAUGGAUAACUUUACGCCAAAUCGAGGCGAUUGAGACUCAUAGCGGAUAUGAUUUACCAUGGACUAUUACAAAAUAUAUUCCAUUUUACGGUGGAGCAGAAUAUCAUGAUUAUCAUCACUACGUUGGAAGACAAAGCCAAAGCAAUUUUGCUUCAGUUUUCACUUACUGCGAUUACAUCUAUGGAACUGACAAAGGCUAUCGAAUUCAUAAGAAGCUUCUUCGUCACAAGGUUAAAAAGGAAACGGAACCGAAGAAAGGAGCGAAAUACUUUUUAGCUAUAAAUUCGAAGGUGAUUGAAAAGUUGUAG